ACUGCCAAGAGCUGCUUCUGCCCGACCCAAUGGCCUACACCAUCAGCCCCACCCCGUCUGUGCCAGUGGGAACCCCAAAUUGUGUUUGCAGAGUGGAACUGUCCGUGUGUGGUCAAAACCUUUUGGACAGAGAUGUGACUUCAAAAUCGGAUCCUUUUUGUGUCUUAUUUAUGGAAAUCAAUGAAAAAUGGACAGAGAUCGACAGGACAGAAACGGCGAUAAACAAUCUCAACCCGGCUUUCUCUAAAAAGUUCAUCAUAGAUUAUCACUUUGAGGAGGUCCAGAAGUUGAAAUUUGCCUUGUUUGACCAAGACAAAUCAAGCAUGCAACUGUACGAACAUGACUUCCUGGGAGAAUUUUCUUGCACUCUGGGAUCGAUUGUCUCAAGCAAGAAAGUAACAAGAGCACUCGUUCUCGGGAAUGGAAAACCAGCCGGAAAGGGAAUGAUAACGAUAGCAGCCCAGGAGUUAUUGGACAAUCGGGUGAUCACGCUCAGCAUGGCCGGCAGGAAGUUGGACAAGAAGGAUUUGUUCGGGAAAUCAGAUCCAUUUUUAGAGUUUUAUAAACAAGGGGAUGACGGGAAAUGGAUGCUGGUGCACCGGACAGAGGUAAUUAAAUACACGCUGGAUCCUGUAUGGAAGCCAUUCACGGUGCCUUUGAUAUCUCUCUGUGAUGGGGACACAGAAAAGCAGAUCAAGAUUGUGUGCUAUGACUACGACAAUGAUGGAGGACAUGAUUUCAUCGGGGAGUUCCAGACUUCUGUUGACAUGAUGUGCAGAGAUGGCUCUGUGGCAGAGUUUGAAUGCAUCAAUCCCAAAAAACAGAAGAAGAAAAGGAGCUACAAGAAUUCAGGCAUCAUCAUUGUCAAGUCCUGCAAAAUCACCCGAGAUUACUCCUUCCUGGAUUACAUCCUCGGAGGCUGCCAAUUAAUGUUUACG